CAUGUUGAGAUCGAUGAUCGAUCGAAGUGAGCGUGUACCGAAAUGACGAAUUUCGGAAUGCUGAGUUCGAUAAGGUUUAAACUUUCUUUUUGGAAUUUGUUGACAGUUGUUUUAACGAGUGUUCGUGAAAGUUUUUGUAGAACUGCCUUAGUUCGGAUUCUUCAAUAUUUAAAAACAAUCAUUUGACUGUGUGUGUGCAAUUUGACGGCUCCGUUCAACUCAGGAAUGGUGUUUGUUCUUCGAGUUGUGGGUUUAACCCUGACCAAAUUUUUAGUCUGAUUCUCAAUUUGAAGUGGAUUAUUUGCUGGGACUUGCAUUGGACUUUUCUUCCUCUGGGUGGGUCAUAAGGAGUUCAGUAGUGUCCUUUUUCUAUGCUUCCGCGACGUCGCAAGCAGCUCGGUGCUGACAGUGGAAGUGUUCGCGACGAUCACGCGGAUUACGGUUACUCGAGUGAGAGCACCUUUGCUUUCCACACCGAAGAUCCGAGCAGGUUUGGUCCACCAGUGACGACGAGUCAGUCGCUUUUCAACUCUGAAAUGAAUUCGAGAGACAGGACGAAUGAGUUUCUCACGACUGUGACGUCUUUGCGUGGACAACAGCCGAAUGGAAUGAAGCCUCCUCGCACGAAGCGGCAAGUGGUGCAUUUGGAGCAGUUUUUGGAGUUCAUGAACAUAGCGAGAUUAAUCGGAGGCGACAUUACGAAGACCUACGCGAAGUUGGAGAAACUCACCCUGCUUGCGAAGAGGAGAUCGAUCUUUGAUGACCGGUCAGUGGAAAUCCAGGAGCUCACGUACAUCAUCAAGAAGGAUAUAACGAGUUUGAACUCGCAAAUCGCUCGAUUACAGAGCCUAGUGAAGGCGAAACAGUCGCUCAAAGGAAGACACAUGCAGACACAUUCCAACACCGUCGUGGUUGGCCUACAGUCCAAACUGGCAUCCAUGUCGAACCAGUUUCAGGAAGUUUUAGAAAUCCGGACCGAGAAUUUGAAGCAAGAGCAAGCGAGAAGAGACGAAUAUGGCAACGCCCCAGUGGCGACUUCCAUGCCCAUGUCGGCAGUCAAGGGCUUCCCGUCGGGCUCUGUGCUGGCAAAGGACGCCCCAGACUUGGACAUGUUGCACGGGAACGGGAGUGUGACGAUCGACAUGGGAGGAGUGCAGCCAUCGCCGAACCAGCUGCAGCAGCAGGCCAUGCUGGCUGUGGAGCAGGACUCGUACGUGCAAGAGCGGGCUGAGACGAUGCAGGGCAUCGAGUCGACGAUCGUCGAGUUGGGCUCGAUUUUCCAGCAACUGGCCCACAUGGUGAAGGAGCAAGAAGAGUCCAUUCGACGAAUCGACAACAACGUGGAGGAUGCUCAGUUGAACAUUGAAGAAGCUCACACCGAGAUCCUCAAGUAUUUCCGAUCCGUGACGUCCAACAGAUGGCUGAUGAUGAAGAUAUUCGGGAUACUCAUAGUUUUUUUCAUUAUAUUCGUCGUGCUGAUGGCUUGA